AUGUCCCUGCCUGUGCAGAUCAAGAAGCCAUGCCUCUGUGGCUGCAUUCCAGGCAGCAAGAAGGAGAAAAGUGAAAGAAAGCUCUUCGCCACGUGGAUUCGGCCGCCGGCCUCCCUGCCUGAGCCUGCUCCUGCCCCGGCGGAAAACGGGAUCACGGCGUGGGGAAAGUGGGAGGAGAGCCAAAUCAAAAAAACUGGAGGGCACCCUGACCCUGUUCUCCUGUCGGCUGGGGAUCAGCAGAAGCUGGAGGGGACUUCCCCGCACCAUAGAACAAAUCAAGUCCCUCUGACGGGCAUUCCCAGGGUGGGGCGCAGUCGGUCCCUGGCAGGUUCAGGCAGGCAGAGAGGGCCCCGUAGCUGUGUGAGGGCGGCUUCCUUCCCCCUUGCUGGCUGCCCUGUGCCCGCCCUCUGCCCUGCAGCACAACCGAUGCGGCCGGCGUGGAGGACCAUGCUAGCUGAGGAGCGCUCACGCUGCCAGGUGCCCGGCUGGCCCUGGACGCCCGUCCUGCGCGUCACCUUGCUGCUGCUACUCACUGGCACGGUGAUGUACUGCCUCUUCCACUGCCUGCACUUCACCGGGCAGCAGCAGCAGCUAGAUUCAGCUGCGUGGGACUUAGCUGAGCUCCAGCUAAAUCACACAGGAUCCCGGCAGGACCCGAGGCUGCGCUGGCAGGGGGGCCCAGCCCUGGGUCGCUCCUUCGUGCACGGGCCGGAACUGGACAACGGGCAGCUGCGUGUGCAGCGCAGCGGAAUCUACAGGCUGCACAUCCAGGUGACGCUGACCAACUGCUCCUCGACGGCGGGGCCGCACGGCGCCACCCUGACGGUGGGCAUCUGCUCCCCCGCCGCCCACAGCAUCAGCCUGCUGCGUCUCCGCUUCGACCGCAGUUGCUCCGUUGCGUCCCAGCGCUUGACGCCCUUGGCCCGCGGGGACGUCCUCUGCACCAACCUGACUCUGCCCCUGCUGCCCUCCGGGAACGCUGAUGAGACCUUCUUUGGGGUCCAGUGGGUACACCCCUGACCAUUCCUGACCCAGCUCUGCUGGGAGCGGUUUUAGUCUUUUUUCUUUUCUUCCAUAGUAUUUUAUUUUAUUAUAUUGUAUUUUAUUGUAUUUUAUUGUAUUUU